UCAGCAGAGCCUGGGAUCCUCUUCAGAGCUAACAAGGAACCUCUAGAGCAGACGUCCGAAAAGAAUGCAGACCCCAGCCAAUUCCAAGAGCGGCCACGAUGUCCUGGAGCUGAAGAGUACGACGCCCCCCCCAGCAGAGGGCUACAGCAACAUGGGCUUCCAGAAUGAAGACGACUUUGGUGAGAGCCAGAAAACGUCAGGAAAUAACUCACUAAGGUGUAGAGUUACGCAAAACGGAGAACACAAAACCACGACGCAGGAUGAAGAGCAAGUCACCAUUGAGCAGGAUUCUUUAAGAAACAAAGAAGAUGAGGCGGAUGACCCAGAGACACAUCAAAAAGGAUAUCUGGAAAGGAAAUAUGAUACAGUUUGUGAUUUUUAUAAGAAACACAAAACUACCCUUUGGUACAUCAUCUGGGGCAUCUUAAUACUAGGUUACCUGGCGAUGGUGAUUGCAGCUUGUGCGCUGAACUUUCAGAGAGCCCUUCCCCUUUUCGUGAUCACCGUGGCCGCCAUCUUCUUUGUGGUCUGGGAUUAUUUUAUGGCCAAAUACGAGCAUCGAAUCGAUGAGUGCCUGUCUCCUGGCAAAAGGCUCCUAAAAAACCAGUGGUUCUGGAUGAAGUGGGUGAUUUGGACCUUACUAAUCCUGGGAGUUAUUUUCUGGCUGAUCUUUGACACUGCCAAAUUGGGUCAACAGCAGCUGGUGUCCUUUGGUGGCCUCAUAAUGUAUAUUAUCCUGAUAUUUUUAUUUUCCAAGUACCCAACCAAAGUUAACUGGAGGCCUGUCUUUUGGGGAAUUGGGUUACAGUUUCUUCUCGGGCUCUUAAUCCUAAGGACUGACCCCGGAUUUAUGGCUUUUGAUUGGUUGGGCCAACAAGUUCAGACCUUCUUGGAAUACAGUAACGCUGGUGCUGAAUUUGUCUUUGGUGAGACAUACGCAGAGCACUUCUUUGCAUUUAAGGUCCUGCCAAUCGUGAUUUUCUUCAGCACCGUGAUGUCCAUGCUCUACUACCUUGGCCUGAUGCAGUGGAUCAUUAGAAAGGUUGGAUGGAUAAUGCUAGUUACUAUGGGAUCAUCUCCUAUUGAAUCCGUAGUUGCUGCUGGCAAUAUAUUUGUCGGACAGACAGAGUCUCCACUGCUAGUUCGACCAUACUUACCACACGUCACCAAGUCUGAACUCCACGCAAUCAUGACCGCUGGGUUCUCUACCAUUGCUGGAAGUGUCUUAGGUGCAUACAUUUCUUUUGGGGUUUCACCCUCCCACCUGUUAACUGCCUCAGUCAUGUCUGCACCUGCAUCGUUGGCUGUGGCUAAACUCUUUUGGCCUGAGACAGAAACACCUAAAAUAACCCUCAAGAACGCCAUGAAAAUGGAAAGUGGCGAUUCAAGGAACCUCCUAGAAGCCGCAACCCAGGGAGCAUCUUCAUCCAUCUCCCUGGUGGCAAACAUAGCUGUGAACCUGAUUGCCUUCCUGUCCCUGUUGUCUUUUGUGAACUCGGCCCUGUCCUGGUUGGGAAACAUGUUUGACUACCCACAACUGAGUUUUGAGAUAAUAUGCUCCUACAUCUUCAUGCCCUUUUCCUUCAUGAUGGGAAUAGACUGGCAAGACAGCUUUAUGGUUGCCAAACUCAUAGGCUAUAAGACAUUUUUCAAUGAAUUUGUGGCUUAUGAGCACCUCUCAGAAUUGAUCCGUUUAAGAAAGGAGGCCGGACCCAAAUUUGUAGAUGGCACGCAGCAAUAUAUGUCGAUUCGUUCGGAGACAAUUGCCACCUAUGCUCUCUGUGGCUUUGCUAAUUUUGGUUCCCUAGGAAUAGUGAUUGGUGGACUCACAUCCAUGGCUCCUUCCAGAAAGCACGAUAUUGCUACAGGGGCAGUGAGAGCGCUGAUCGCGGGGACCGUCGCCUGCUUCAUGACAGCCUGCAUUGCAGGGAUACUCUCCAGCACCCCUGUAGACCUCGACUGCUAUCACCUUUUAGAGAAUGCCUUCAACUCCAAUCCACCUGCAAACACAUCCAAUGUGAUAACUUGUUGUCGAACUCUACUGAACAGCACUAUUGUCAACAGCCCUGGUGACGUCAUCCCAGGAGGAAACCACAGCUUGUCUUCUUUACGGGGCUGCUGCACAUUGUUGGCUCCACCAAUGCUGAACUGCACUUGGAUCCCUGAUGCACUUUGAGUUCGCCUUCUCCUCCAAUGGAACUUUAGGACUGGAAAAUGGCACUACCUUUUGGUCAAAAAGUCACUUAAAGACCAUUUGAAGAA